UACCCACAAUACACUGCGGGUAUACUAGUGAGCCCGCAUUAACUACGAACAGCGGACUAAACCCACAAUUCAAAAUGGCGUACGCAUUGCUUCGAAUGUGCAGACAAGUUUACUGUAAAAAAUACAUCGAAAUAUUGAGAUUUAGAGGUUCUACCUUAUUGAAUACAUUAUCUAUAGAUAGUAGAAACAGUGUUAGGUAUUAUAGUUCUGUUUCGUCUUUAGCAAAUUUGGAGGUUGGAGCUCAUCAAAUGAAAACUGGAAAGUUCGCAAAUAUUGCAACACGUUAUCAGCAUUUUUUUGCCCGCCAAAUUCUUUUUACAAAUUUUGGAAGCUUUUUGGGAAGCAGAAAGAACUGGAAAGCAGGGUAUUCAGGACUAUCAACUUUUAAAUCUGGAAAUAUUGUUAACAGUAAUGAUGAUGAUGAUGAUGAGGAGGAGGAUAAUGAUGAUACCAAAGCACGGAAAUUCAAGAAUAAGUCGACAAGAAGGAAAGUAUCCAAUGCUAAAUAUAGCACUAAGGUUCAAAAGGCAGGUGACAGCUUAAUGCGACCAUCUCGUUAUGCCUUUAAGGACCUUAGUGAGGAGGAUGAAGAUCAACGAUGGGUCAGGAGACCUAUAGAUGAUAACAUGUCAAAAAGAAAGGUUGACUGGUAUACUAAACAAAUGGCUCAUUUGAUAUCAGAACGUGAAGUUGACAAGGCUCAAGAGCUGUUCAACUCAAUGAGAUUAGAAAACAUCAGGCCGACUACAGAGAUUUUCAACAUAUUGAUAGCUGGUUAUGGGAAAACUGGAAAGAUAAGAAAAGCUUUUCACAACUACAAUAAUAUUAAAAAGAUGGGUUUACAACCUACAGCACAUACCUUCACUAGCUUAUUUACCAUUUGUGCUCAGAUUUCAACACCAAACCUUUCUUUGUCUCAACUGUUAAAACUUUGGGAAGAAUUCCAAGAAGGAGUUAAAAAUGAUGAAAUAACUCCUGAUAUCAUUACUUAUAAUGCAGCCAUGAAAGCAGCAGCUUCAUCCAAGAGUUUGGCUGUCACUCUUGACAUCUAUGAAGAUAUCUGCUCAAACAAUCUGCCGCCUGAUUGCCGAACGUAUUCUUCACUACUAGGUGCAUGUGCUGGGGAAGGAGACACAGACAAACUCUCCUGGGUCUUGAAAGAAAUGAAAGAACAUAACGUCAAACCUGAUUUAUUUGUGUUUAAUGCUCUAUUGAGGGCUGUUAGGGACUCUAGAUCACGAAAUGCUAAAGAAAACAGAGAAACCUUUGCUAUGGAGAAACUUACUUCACUCCAACAUGAAACCCAGAAUAAAGAAAAAACUGAUCGCAAUGCUAAAAUUGACUCAAGUUCAGCUCCUUCUAUGGAAGAAUAUCUCGAUAUAGAAGAUUCUGAUUCUGCAGUCAAUGCACUUGAGGUUUCGUCAGACAAAGAUAACUCUACAGCCCCAACAAUAUUCACUGGAACAGAGGAGAUACUCCAGCUGAUGGCCGUCAAUGAUAUUUUGCCAGACAUCCGAACAUUUCAUCUUUUACUCCAAAUAGCAAAACUUGAAGUUGAUGAAGAGGAAUACAUUCUUAAUUUGAUGAAGGAAUGGAAUAUUAAACCAGAUUUACCAGUUUUGAAUGCUUUGGUCAAGAGAAGAGCUUUAUUUGGAGAUGUUACAAAAGCACAAGCCUAUAUGAAAAUAUUUGAAGAAGAGUUUGAUGUGAAUCCAAACAAGACAACAUAUCAAAGCUUAGCAAGAGGCUGCAGGAAAAAAUCUGAUGGGAUGUGGUUGUUGAAGGAAAUGGAGGAAAAAGGAUUUCCUCCUGACAUUUUGGUGCACAGCAAAAUGAUCAAGAAUGCAACAUAUCGGCAGGAUUUUCAAUUCUUGACAGAACUUUUAAAGGAAAUGAAGAAAAGUCAUGUUAAACCAACAGCAGAAAUUCUUCUCCUGCUAGACGAGAUUGCUAAUAAACCUGAUAAUGAUGUUCUGAAGAAAAGGGUUAAAGCUGUCACGAGACAAGAAAAGAAAUCCCAGUUCAUUAGGAAGCAGCGACUGGGAUUCUAUGGGUUUUAUAAGACAUGGAGACACCAGAUUGAACAGAUUGAGCAAAAUAAAGCACCAAAACACCAUAACGCAGAAAAUGACAGCAAAGUGGAAAAGAAAGAAAAAGAGGAAAUCAGUUAUGACCACUUAUAAAAAAAGGUUUUAUUACAAAAUUAUUACGUUGAAAUUUUAUCGCUAAAUGUAAAAUAUAUUUUUUCUAUAAAAUUGUUGUACAAUUUAUUGUGAAAUUUUUGCUACUGAUAUCAAAAGCUAUAAACUAUACAUACUGCAUUCAUGAAUUAAUAAUGAAUUAUAAUUAGAAAUAAUUAUGAAUUAUUAGUAUUUUGUUAUAUUUAAUUUUAGUCACUAUUCUAUAUUGAUUCUAUUAUAUAUCAUUGAAAAUACAGCCAAUCAGAAUACAGUGCAUAUUUGGCAGUAUUACACCAUUUCUUCGCAUCGGGCAGUGCGUUUUUAAUUCCUUUACUACUGUAAAUGGCUAGGUAUUUUCAAUUAUUAGGGGGGGGGGGACUGACAGUUAUAUGAUGUUUUCUCAUGGCACAAUGUGGAACAUCCAACUUGUCUCUUGUAAAUGUUUUAGUAAACACACUCUCCACUAUGGCUAACGUCUCUAAGUGAGACAGGACUACCAUCGUACCUGGUCAUCCAAGCUACAGCAAAGGUCUAACCAUUUUCAGAUACUACAUGUAUGUAUAUUUGUAGACUACAAAAUAUGAGUGGGUUGUUGAAUAUACUCUGGUAUGCCAUUCAAAAUCAUUAUAAAACUAGUAUAAAUAUGUAAAUAAAUGGAGUGGAAAUGGAAAUGGAAAUGGAGUGCAGGCAAUGGCGUACAAAACUAUAUCUGUGAAAAAUCCUAUCCUAAGCCACAAUUUCAUUACCUUUUACCCAGACUACAUUUAAAGCCUAAGAGUACAAAAUUUCAAUUAUUGCUAGAUAUACAGUAACCUGCAUUAUAAAAUAUUCCUGUUUAAAUUUGAGCAAAAGCCAUGUAAAUCAAAAGAUUUUAGGCAUGAAGGAUGAAUACUACCAAUCAAACAUGUUUCAAAUAAACGUAAAAUAAGCUACCAA